UACCACAAUCAAGCUCUCACUUUUAAUCCAAAGAGUCUCUCUAUCGAGUAGGGUAGCCCUAUUACCGCAAAACAAUAGAACUAUCUGACUCUGUCCAAUAAUGAACGAUUAAUUUUGUCAGGGUCAUCAUUACACAGCAAAAUGCUCAUAAAUUACGCCAAGAGCUAGCGAGCGCAUCAGGCAAGUGGGACAAGCAAGCACAGACGCCUAAAAAUAGUAGCCUGGGAUCCCAGAAAAAUUGAAGGGAAGACAAUCGACAAGAAGGCGUCAGAAAUUAUCUACGUCAGACGUCAGCAUAUUUGCCAACGUUUGUUGGGUUUGUGUCGUCGGACAAGAUUUCCUAACGAAACUGCGGCUUUUUGACUGUCUUUAGAAAGCAAAAGCUUGGUAGGAACAGGAAGGCCCGUUUAGGUCACAGAUGUCUUUAAUAUGGGAUACCGUCGGGUCCCUAGGUCCUGCCUGGAUCUUAGGGAUCACCCUUGUUGUUAUUCUUGGGCUUUGGAUCUCAACCAAAAAGAAAGAGGGGCGGAAUCCUUUUGAAGUGGACGCCGUCUGCCCGCGAGCCCCACUGGUUACCGACGAAAAGGAGAGGAAAAAGGUGCUAAAGCAAGGGUUUACCGCCGCCAAAGUUCCCCAGAACCUUGAUGUCAUUGUCGUUGGUAGCGGUAUGGGUGGGCUGACUGUAGCCGCCAUCUUGGCCAAGGCAGGGAAAAAAGUUCUGGUCCUGGAACAACACGACCAAGCGGGAGGAUGCUGUCAUUCCUUUACCGAAAAAGGUUUUGAGUUUGACACAGGCAUCCACUACGUGGGGGAGAUGGGUGAGGAUGACCUCCCGAGGCUACUGUGUGACCAGCUGACCCGAGGCCAACUACACUGGUCAAAGCUGGACGACGAAUAUGACGUGGUGGCGAUAGGACGAGGAACCGAAGUUAAGUACUAUACAAUAAAAGGCGGCAACGACAACGUGUACUUCGAGCACUUGAAGUCACAAUUUCCACAAGACACGGAGGCCAUUGAUAGAUAUAAGGAUCAUGUUUUGAAAUCUUCCGGAUCCUUUGGGGGAGUAAUCCUUAUGAAAAGCUGGCCUCGCUGGCUGACACGAUUCCUCAUUAGGUCAGGUCUCGUGCAUUGGUUCAUUCCGUACUUCAUGUACACAAGAGUCACACUACAGACCAUUCUAGAUAGCAUUUCAGAUAAUGAGACUCUGAAAUGUGUUCUUGCAUACCUCUUUGGAGAUUAUGGUUGUGUCCCAAGUCUUUCAAGUUUCUCGACACACGCCGGGGUUGUCCGGCAUUUUGUCAACGGUAGCUGGUAUCCGUAUGGCGGUAGCAGUGAGGUGGCAUUCCACAUGAUUCCUACAAUAGAGGGUGCUGGUGGCAAGGUUCUCGUAAGGGCCCCUGUGAAAAGGCUUUUGACAAAUAGCAAAGGUCAUGUCGUUGGAGUCAAGGUGGAAAAGUCAAAAUCUGGAGAUGAGGUGGACAUCUUUGCACCUCUUGUCAUAUCAGACGCUGGCGUUCUAAACACGUUCACGUCGUUGCUCCCCAGGGAAAUCGCGGAGACCUCACCUCUUUAUCCAUACAUAAAGAACAAAGACCUGUGCUCUGGUUCUUCGUGUAUCACUGUGUUCGUUGGACUAAGAGGCAGCAAAGAGGAGCUGGGACUAAAAGCAAGAAAUAUUUGGAUCUUUCCCGAUCAGGAUAUUGCUGUGUCCAACUAUUCAGCGGCUAAAACGGCCAAAGAUGCUUCCGAGAGACAGGUGCCAGUGUUGUUCUUUUCGUCCCCAUCAGCCAGGGAUCCCAGUUGGGAGGAACGGUUUCCAGGUCGUUCAAACUGCAUAGUGAUAGCCCCAGCGGAAUGGGCAUGGUACGAUGAGUGGGAAAAAGGGCGAGUGAACCACCGCGGAGAGGACUACGAGGACCAGAAGAUGAUUCUUGCCAACAAAAUCUGGGAGUCGACGCUGUCCUACCUGCCUCAGCUGAGGGAUAAGAUAAAUAGACAUGUACAGUCAUUUGGUUCUCUGUCAAAUGUUGAAAUUGUGCCUGUAAUAUCUGCCAUCCUAGUAGAGGGCAGUCUACAUGUAUCCAUUAUGUUAUUCAAGGUUGAAUACAUGACAGUCGGCUCCCCGCUGACCAACAAGUAUUAUUACGGCGCGCCACGCGGGGAGUUGUACGGCCUGGAAGAAAACAGGGCGCGGUGCUCUGCCGAAAUAUCAACGGAGCUCCGUCCAGACGUUGGCAUUCCAGGUUUACUGCUAACAGGUCAAGACGUCCUAACAUGCGGAGUGGUCGGAGCACUGUUUGCAGGCCUGCUGACAGCAGAAGUGGUCCUUAAUAGAAAACUCUUCCAAGACGUUCUCAGUCUCCAGAAAGCUACAAAGAAAAAUUCUCGAAAAUAAGCCUUGCUCGAGGUCAACAUAGUCACCACUAGGUUUACUACACGAAGCGCUUGCUUGGUCAGAAAUAUUUCUAUGGCAACUCGGCUUUUGUUAACAAUUGACGGCAGCUCCAAAGCGUGUAGGCUGCUCCUGUUUAAAAACCGCCAUGUGUGCACGAUUAUCACACUCAGACCAUCAUUAGCAAAUUUGAUUGAAGUUUAAAUGCAUAGAUAUAUUUGAAUAAGUGAAUUACAAACAAGAAUAUGCGGCAGAACUGCGAAUGGAGCGGCAAAUACUGUUGAAGCAUUCAA